AUGUGCAUUUGUCUUCUUUUUAAUAUUGUAGGUUUCCGUUUAAUUACGCAGCUGAGAGGCAUGCGUGUGGUGCUAGUGCUACUUCCUACACUGCUGCUUGUUAUGCUCACGGGGGCUCAGAGAGCUUGCCCAAAGAACUGCAGAUGUGAUGGCAAAAUUGUAUACUGUGAGUCUCAUGCUUUCGCAGAUAUCCCUGAGAACAUUUCUGGAGGGUCACAAGGCUUAUCAUUAAGGUUCAACAGCAUUCAGAAACUCAAAUCCAAUCAGUUUGCUGGCCUUAACCAGCUUAUAUGGCUUUAUCUUGACCAUAAUUACAUUAGCUCAGUGGAUGAAGAUGCCUUUCAAGGGAUCCGUAGACUGAAAGAAUUAAUUCUAAGCUCCAACAAAAUUACCUAUCUGCACAAUAAAACAUUUCACCCAGUUCCCAAUCUCCGCAAUCUGGAUCUCUCCUACAAUAAACUUCAGACAUUGCAAUCGGAACAAUUUAAAGGUCUUCGGAAACUCAUCAUUUUGCACUUGAGAUCUAACUCAUUAAAGACUGUGCCGAUAAGAGUGUUUCAAGACUGUCGAAAUCUUGACUUUCUGGAUUUGGGUUAUAAUCGUCUUCGAAGCUUGUCCCGAAAUGCUUUUGCUGGCCUCUUGAAGUUGAAGGAGCUCCACUUGGAGCACAAUCAGUUUUCCAAGAUCAAUUUUGCUCAUUUUCCACGUCUCUUCAAUCUCCGCUCAAUUUACUUACAGUGGAACAGGAUUCGUUCCAUUAGCCAAGGCUUGACAUGGACUUGGAGUUCCUUACACAACUUGGAUUUAUCAGGGAAUGACAUCCAAGGAAUUGAGCCGGGCACAUUUAAAUGUCUACCCAAUUUGCAAAAAUUGAAUUUGGAUUCCAACAAGCUUACCAACAUCUCACAGGAAACUGUCAAUGCGUGGAUAUCGUUAAUAUCCAUCACUUUGUCUGGAAAUAUGUGGGAAUGCAGUCGGAGCAUUUGUCCUCUAUUUUAUUGGCUUAAGAAUUUCAAAGGAAAUAAGGAAAGCACCAUGAUAUGUGCAGGACCUAAGCAUAUCCAGGGGGAGAAGGUUAGUGAUGCAGUGGAAACGUAUAAUAUCUGCUCUGAAGUUCAGGUGGUCAACACAGAAAAAUCACACCUGGUACCCCAAACGCCCCAGAAGCCUCUGAUUAUCCCUAAACCUACAUUUUCCAAAUCUGACCCCACCCAGCCCACCCUUGAAACACCAAGCCCUUCCCCAGGGUUUCAGAUUCCUGGCACAGAGCAAGAGUAUGAGCAUGUUUCCUUUCACAAAAUUAUUGCAGGGAGUGUGGCUCUGUUUCUCUCAGUGGCCAUGAUCCUCUUGGUAAUCUAUGUGUCUUGGAAACGCUACCCAGCCAGCAUGAAACAACUUCAGCAACAUUCUCUUAUGAAGAGGCGGCGGAAAAAGACCAGAGAAUCUGAAAGACAAAUGAAUUCCCCUUUACAGGAGUAUUAUGUGGACUACAAGCCUACAAACUCUGAGACCAUGGAUAUAUCCGUUAAUGGAUCUGGGCCCUGCACAUAUACCAUCUCUGGCUCCAGGGAAUGCGAGGUAUGAACCAUGAUCCUCCUAAAAGCAUUUCUGCUGCGGGGAAGGAGAGGUAAAUGUUUGAAGCCCUAGAGGUGUCUCUAAUCACUAGAAAGAUUAAUGACCCUUUUGCUUUUGGGUUUUUGCUCAGUGUGAAAGGUUACUUAAUUAAAUUACAACCACCAGGAAAUUGACUGUUUUCUUUAUUUUUUUUUAAAUGGUUGAAACUUGAAGGAAGUUCAUUCAAGGAUGAGAUUAAGUUGGAAUAAAGCACUAUGUUAAAACAUC